GAAAACCGAAAACUAACCUAGAAAAGUUUAGUGAAUAGAAUAAGAGAAUUAGAAAAACGAAAAGUAAAAGUAACCCCUAAGUUAUCUCUUAACUUUCUCUUAACUUACUAGACAAAACUUAACUUAUCUAACCUUUUUAAAAUCUUCUUGCCAUGGAUGGACAGUUUGCUACUUACUAGUUUCUACCGUGAAUACGUGCAGGAUUAAAAUUAUUUUCUCCUAGCCUACCAUUGGUUAUUUUGAUGUAAGUUUUGAAAAUAUAUCAGCUCAGCUCAGCUUUUAACAGCCAUGGUUUAAUUAGAUGAUCGAGCUGUCGUACUGAAAGAUGUUGUCGAAUUGUGGGACUAUCGAUAAACCUUGUAUCAAUAGAUACACUUGCCAGUUUUGUGGAAAUUUGUUUACGGCGAAAAGAAACUGCAUAAGACAUGAGAAAUGUUGCCCUUCUAACAGUGCUAGAUCAAGUGGAAGUACUUGUCCUACAUGUAACAAUUUUUAUAGUGACGACUACAUUAAAAAACAUGUUACAAAAUGCUCAGGCACAGUUCCCAAAUGUAGCACACCCUGUUUAGUAAAAAGCUGUGACAAGAAAUUUGUCCACAAAUCAGGUUUGGUUAGACAUUUGCGUGCGUGUCAUCAAGAUUUUGAGAUAAAAGAUUUUGUCGAAAAGAAAUUUGAAACUUAUGACGAGUUCUUACAGUGGAAGAGAUUAGAAGAAGAAAAGACUUAUUCAUGUUUCACAAAGAGAUCGAGUAAUAAGGGUAAGAAAUAUGAACACUUUUAUUGCCAACGAGAUGGAAGUGCUAAGUUACAUUCUAAGAGAAAGACAAACAGGAAAGUCCAUAGAGGGAGAGUUAAAGUUGGAGAUUUUUGCUUUGCCAAAAUGAAGGUUUGGAAAGAUGAAAAUGAAAAAAUAUGUUUGCAAUAUUUGCCUACUCACUGUCACCAGUGCAACCCCCAAGAUGUAGUCCACCGCCCUUUGCGUAAAAACACUUCUACCCUAAUCAAUGAGGAAUGUAUGGAUCAAGUAUCUCCCAACAGCAUAAUGAAAAAAAUCAUAAUGUCACCAGAUCUGCAAACCAGGAUUAAUGUUAAGAAUCAAAAAUUGAAUAUUCUCUUCAGAAGAAAAAUGAAAGCAACUGCAAAUAAACAAAAGACCAUUAGAAUGGACGAGAAAGAUGCUGAGGCAGUUUAUUUACUAGCCCAAAAUAUGGCUAGAGAUGACUCUCUUUUGAUUUUUAAACCUACUGAGGGAAAGGUUGUACAUGGCCCAAUAAGCAUGAAUGAUUUACCUGAGUCAAACAAUCUAUUUAUGUUUGCAAUGCAGACAAAAAGUCAAUUGGAACUUUUGAAAAAAUAUGGCAAACAAAUAAUGAUUGUUGACAUAGCUUCUGGUACUAACCGUUAUAAAUUUCAUUUAAUAACAUGUAUGGUUGUAGAUGAAAACCGUGCUGGGAAGCCAGUCUGUCACUGUAUAACUAGCAGAUUAAAUACUGCAUCGUUAAUGUUCUUCUUUAGCAGCAUUAAGGCUCGAAUUGGCAAUGAGUUUGACAUAAACUGUGUCUUAACUAGUGACAAUAACUUUAUUAUCAGUUCGAUGAAUGUUGGAUUUUCAAGAGAGUUCCACCACAUCAUAUGUUUGUGGCAUAUAUUUAAUAACACGAAAAACAAACUUAAGUCUUAUGUCAACGGGAAUAUUUUUCAGGAAAUGUUAAAUGAGAUCGAAAUGAUGAUAACAGCACACGAAGUGACUUUGUUUACUCGUCUCUGCAACGAGUUUGUAGCAAAAUAUGAACAAAACAGAAAAGUAGUUCAGUACUUGGAAUAUUUUAAAAAAAACUUCCUCACUAGGCCAGAGAAAUGGGCAAUGUGCCACCGGGGGUUCCCUCAUGGCGAUGUGAAUACCAUCGGACUCUUGCAAGCCUUUCACAACAGGUUAAAGGUUAAUCUCAAGAAAAGUGUCAAUACAAAUCUAAUUCACUUAAUCAAUUCCCUCAAACUAAUGGAAUUAGAAGAUCCUUUCCAAUUAACAGAUUCAACAGAAGAGUUUUUAUCCCCGGUGCACCAAGGUUUAGUUGAACGACAUGAACAAGGAGUACUCAUAAGUAAUGCUGCUAUUUCUAAAGUAUUGGGAAAUAUUUGGGAAAUGUUUUUGGGGACUGAGCAUUAUGCAAUUGUUCAAUAUAGCUUGGUAUGUUCUGAAGACUCUUGCACUUUUAGAUGUCAAUUCCUUGAGUGUCAUCAAUUGUGUCGUCACAUGUAUCAAUGCAGCUGUCCAGACGAACACCCAUUGUGUGUACAUGUCCACAAGUUGCAUAUGUAUCUUUGUCAAGAACUUUCACCAUAUGUUGCUGUCACUAAAUUCCAUGAAAUGGACGAAAAUAUUUCUGACUAUUUGAUUGUAGAGGUCACUACUGAGGAGGAAAGUCGGAAUGAGUCUGAUGAUCAGGUUGACUUCACCAUUUCCAGAAUAAAGACAAAUUGUGGUACCAUUAACGACAGUUUAGCUUUGAUCAACACUUUCUUAUCUUCUGCGGAACAGAAUAAAACAUUGGACAACAAGCUCUUGUAUGUUGAUUCUCUUGUUGCUGAUCUUGUUUCACGGAUGCAGAGCCUUAAAUCAAAACUUGAAAUUGAGUGAACAGUAUACAAAACCAGUUAACUACCAUCAUUAUUCAGGUGAAUUUUAAGUCUCUCUUUUAAUAAUUGUAACAAGGACAACAUUCAUAAUUAUUGUGAUUUAACUUACCCUACUAAAAAUUGUACAUUCUUUAGCCAUUGUAGUCUGUACAUUUUAACCAUGUCAACAUUCAAACACAGUCUACUCAGUGGCGUAACUAAUACCAAUGCAAUGAGAUGCAGGUCUUAGGGGGAGGGGGGGCUAAAACUGAUACUCUGGAAAAUUUUUAGCAAAAAAAUAUGUUGAAGCCAAACUUUCUGUAGCUUACUAAAAUUAAAUGUAAAAAAAUAUUCAUGGUACUUUACUCCGUUACAGUCACAACAGAAUGUUUGCGACUCUUUUGUUUACUAUUAUUGUUAUCUCCUCGGUGCAAUGUUGCACAGCUGCGCUUAUAACAAGAAUAGACUGCUCUUGUUUAUUUAUCCUUGUUAGCUACAAAGAUAGAGGGAUCAAAUCUUUCAGUAUUAUUUUAGAAACCACAACUACAUGUCCCUGUCAGUCUUUGUUGUACGAUCGUGCGGUCCAGUAGUGUUAUUUGUAUUGUAACAAUACAAAACAACUUUAGACAAUGUAUUUGUUAUACAAUAGAAAUUAGUGGACCGUUUAUUGGUGCGUUUUAGUAGAUUUUGUUAUGAUAUACUGAACGAAAUGGACGAAAAUACUUUUUUAUGAAAUGGCGACCAUACAAAAGACCUAGUGGCGUUGAGUUCCGAAAAAAAAGGAAAAAAACAAAGAUGAACAAGUGAAAAAACUACCAAAGAUAGACAUGUAAAAAAAAAAAUGGGAUUUUGCUGACACUUUAGCUGGUACGGAAAAUUAACAUUAUAUUGUAGCUUGCUAUAUCGGUAAUGCUGUAUAGGACAUGCAUGAAUAUAACAUGUUAAGUAAAGUAAGAAGUAGGCCUCUAGUCUAUAUUUUAUUGUCCUAAAAAGUACAUUAAUUAAUUGUAAGUAUGUAAUGCAAUCCUUACUAGUUAUGUUGAUGGUGUUUGGAAAUGUUUAGUAGCCUAACUUAAUUUUACUUUCAAAUGAUUUUUGAAUAAUAUUUUUUUAAGUAAUUAACUUUAAAAAUAAGCCUACUUAAUAAAUGAUGUUUCUUUGAAUAAUCUUUCUCUGAUUGGAUAGUGCUUGUACAAUGUCGUGUGUAGGCUAGUGAAAUAUUAUUUAGGAAGUGUGGAAGUAUGGAGAAAUGUCAAAAUGUUAGUUUUGUUGGAGCUUAUUGGGGAGAAUGAGUCUAUGAAUAGGAGCCACGGAGAAUACUUGCAUUGGGGCGCAGUCAGACUAGUUACGCCACUGAGUCUACUAAGAACAAUUUAUUAGAACAACAAAAGCAAUGCAGUUUUUAAAUAUGGAUCGUAAAAUAAUUUCUUUAGGUUCAUUAAAUAAUUUUAUAAUAAUUGGUGUAUUGGCUGAUUUAAACUCAAAGCUGUCAAAAUUUAACAUUAAACAUUACAUUACCCAACAACAUAUACCUAAACAUAAGUUUUUAACACUUAACACACAAAACUUGAGUGCUAUCAAGUUAAGUGUAUACCCAAUGGUUAAACUCAUCAUGCUGGAUAGCUUCACCCUCUUACACCCAAUCAAAUCAAAAGUGGAUUUUCAUCAACAGUUGUCACUUUAAAUUUUAUGGAAUACUAUUUUUUUCUUACCUAUACCUCCAUAACCCUUCAUCGGGGGAUAAAAGACACAAUAUAGCCUACUACUUUUGUUUGUUUUUUAAAGCUAUUUUUAAUACAUCCUCUAAACCGAUGGAGCUUUGAGGUUUUCAGACUAUAAAAUAACAAAUACUCAUAUUUACUUAAUACAACCCCCUGUAAAAGCCCGUUCUCAUAGUCUGACCAGGAUGAGAAACCAUAGACUAAGCAACACAAGUAGACUCCUUAUCCCAUUGUAAAUUUUGAAGCUUGUUUUUUGUGUCUAGUUCAUGUACGUCCACACUGUUCGCUGGGGUAGAGAACAUUUUGUUUCUAUUAUUUUAGUGUUAUUUUCAUGAUUUGUGCUUUACUAUUUGGUUAUAUAACUAGGAGACCAGUUAUUGUUUAUGAUUAAAUCGUUUUAUUUGGUUAAAUGAGAUUUUAAAUGACUGAAAUAACAAGAAACAAAUUGUAAACAAAACAUAACCUCUACAGUUGGACGUACAGAACCAACAAUAAAAUUGGCUUCAGCUGUUCCAUAAGGAUGACAAAUCUACUAAGGGAGUAUGAUUUAUCUAUGGAGAAACUUUAGGUUGGAAGUGUGUAUACUCAAUGGUUUCGCUAAGAAAGAAUCCUGGCCAGACCAUGAGAACUGUAUUGUUAAUUGUGAAUACUGGAGGUUCUACAAGCAAUUAUGCCAUUAACUCAUUACUUUUUGGUAAUUUAAAAAUCUUUUUUGAAUGAGGAGCAUUACCCAUUGUAUUGUUAAUACUGGAGGUUCUACAAGCAACUAUGCCAUUAACUCAUUACUUUUUCGUAAUUUAAAAAUCUUUUUUUGAAUGAGGAGCAUUACCCAUUGUAUUGUUAAUACUGGAGGUUCUACAAUCAACUAUGCCAUUAACUCAUUACUUUUUUGUAAUUUAAAAAUCUUUUUUGAAUGAGGAGCAUUACCCAUUGUAUUGUUAAUUGUUAAUACUGGAGGUUCUACAAGCAACUAUGCCAUUAACUCAUUACUUUUUGGUAAUUUAAAAAUCUUUUUUGAAUGAGGAGCGUUACCCAUUGUAUUGUUAAUACUGGAGGUUCUACAAGCAACUAUGCCAUUAACUCAUUACUUUUUUGUAAUUUAAAAAUCUUUUUUGAAUGAGGAGCAUUACCCGUAUUGUUAAUACUGGAGGUUCUACAAGCAACUAUACCAUUAACUCAUUACUUUUUUUGUAAUUUAAAAAUAUUUUUUGAAUGAGGAGCGUUACCCAUGAUCAAGAUACCACAAUUAUGUAAUUAAUGAUGAGAGAUACACAAUACACAUUUUAUAUUAUUAA